AUGUACAAUGAACUGAAGGGGGCACCGUGGAGUGGUGGGUGUGAUAAUAUAUACCACGAAAUAAUUAAAGCCCUACAGGAUGCAGGGUGGACACAUAAAGAUCAUCAAGCAAAGGUGAAUAAAAUUUUGAAUGCCUGGUUAUAUAUACGUACAAAGAGUGUACAAUCUCUUUAUUGUGAUUUAUUUUACUAUUGGCUAGGAGAUUUAAUAUCCAAAGAUGAAAGCACUUCUAGUUCAUUCUCGCAGACUAUGCAACAAAUUUAUGGAAUUCUAAAGAGAUGUAAUAAUACACCUGUUUGUAAUAUUAAAUACCCGGAUAUUGACACGGCUAAUUUCGAGCGGAUGAAAGAAUUGUAUGAUUAUAAGUAUUAUUAUGGUGAUAAAUGUAGGCAAAGAGGAAAAAGUGUACCGAACUGUCCGAAUGGAAGUGCAGAAUGUACACAAAGAGCAAGCAAUGCCUAUACUUAUUUGUUGAAUGAAUGUCCUAAAGGAAAUAAUUGGCAAAAUGAAUAUUGCAACCAAUUCCGUAUAAUGUUCAAUAGUUAUGGAGCAGACGAAGAAAGAGGUCUUGGAGAGGAACAUCCUGUAGAAGAUGACUUGGAUCUUGACGAUGCCGUCGUCGAUGGCGAAAUAGAUAACCCUCCUCUUCAUAUGAACCUCAAUCCAAACCAUGCAGAUUACAGAGAUAAUAUUUUAUCUAAAGUUUUCUUUACUAAUGGUUUCUCUGAUGAUGAAGAUAAAAAUGAUGGUGUUGGAGAUACACAUACUCGUGUUGGAGAUACAAAUGCUGAUGUUGGAGAUGCCGAUCAGGGUUUCACCUUCCCUAACAUCGAUAUUUCCAACUAUGCACUCCCAGCCGCAGGAGUUGCAUCUGUCACCUUCUUUCUAUAUAAGGUACAAUUCUACUCACAGUGUGCAUAA